GUUCUGUAGUACAGCCACAGCCAUAUCAAUCCAUCCAUUUUACCACCGGCAGUGGGUUUCGUUUGUCGCACGGCGUAAACUAUUCUUACACCGUGGUUUGUCGAGUUGAGGCACGUGUGAAGCGCACACACCACUUGCCGGCCGGGUCAUGGCAUCGCGAAGCGCUCUGCGAAUCUUCGUGGGCAAUUUGCCGUGGACGAUCGGCAGAAAGGAACUACGUGAACACUUCUCACAGUUUGGCUACGUGGCGUCUUCUAAUGUCAUUUUUGACAAGAAGACCGGGAUGUCGAAGGGCUUUGGAUUUGUUACAUUUGGCAAUCGUGAUGGCUUCAUUAGCGCCACAAAGCAACAACAGCACGUUCUUGAAAACUUUACACUAUCUGUCCAUCCUGCAACAAACUCAUAGGCGCUGCAUCAGAGAACCUUUCAUGUAGAUACACAAACUGAAAUAAACACAUUGUCUCUAAUCGCUACACAAC